AGGUGAUAUUACGGAUAACCCCGCCCCAUCGACGACGACGAUGACAAUAUCUCCCUUAACUCCUCUACUCACGAGAGACCCACCCAUAGAGCUACCACCUAUAGGUAUUUCUCCGUAUAUAUAUCCUCACUCAAAUGCCUACCAGCCAAACACCUGUAACGACUCCCUCUCCUCCAUCUCCGUUACUAACCCUUAGUUUCUCAACUUCGAGGCACCUUUCUUGCUUGACUAUCGACGAAAAUGACUACCCCCGUCUGGCUGAUCACGGGCGCCUCCAACGGCCUUGGCUUAGCGUUGUGCCAUCGCGCCCUGAAGGCUAACCACCGGGUCAUCGGCGCGAUGCGCGAUCCCGCCCGCGCGCGUGAGGCCGCGGAGUCGAUAACGAACGCGGGCGGCAAGGUCGUGCAGCUCGACAUGAACGACUCGCAGACGACCAUCUGGGAGAAGCUGAGGGCCGCCGAGGCCAUCUACGGCCGGGUCGACAUCCUCGUGAACAACGCCGCCUACUCUGUUCUCGGCCCCGUAUCUGAGUUUAGUGACCGAGAAGCCACCGCCCAGUUCCAGACCAACUUCUUCGGGGCGUUAUACGCGACGCAAGCGGUGCUGCCGGGGAUGCGCGCGCGGGCGACGGGCACCAUCGUCAACGUGAGCAGCAUGGCGGGGCAGGACGGGAUGGUGGGCUGCGGGCUCUACGCGGCGAGCAAGUUCGCGCUCGAGGGCCUGAGCGAGUCGCUGGCGCGCGAGGUGGCGGUGUUCGGGAUCGGGGUCCUGAUCGUCGAGCCGGGGGCCUUCCGCACCAACUUCCUGGCCGCCUUCCACCCCAACGACCGCGGCGUCCCCCGCGACGACGCCGACACCCCCGCCGCCGCCGCCCUGCGCCACUUCCGCGGCCAGGACGGCCGCCAGCGCGGCGACCCCCAGAAGGCCGUCGACCGCAUCUUCGAGGUCGUCGCCGGCGAGGGCCCCGCCGGCCACCUCCGCGGCAAGAUCCUGCGCCUGCCCCUCGGCCCGGACAGUCUCGACAGAAUCGGCGCCAAGAUCGAGAGGCUCAAGAGCGACAUCGACGCUGCCCGCGAAGUGGCUGCGAGUACCGACCUUGAUGGUCAAUGAGAGGCUGUAGUGUAAUCGUUGAGGUGUAUGUAUAUACUACGCCUUGCAAGAAGCGAGCAUGCUUGGAAUUUAGUGAAGUAUACAUAAUGCGACUCUUAUAACAUGAGUAUGACCAAUACCCCCUGAAACGUGCUGAAAUGCAGGAUGAAAGAGGUUCUCUCGUCUUAAGUUAUUA